CCUUCCCCGCCCUACCGCGCACCCUUGCGCACCCCUGCGCGCCAGGGCAGGGUGGUGGAGGCCGUGGGGGGCCCCGGCCGUUGAUUGGCUGUGCGAGCGCGGGGCGGGGCGGAUGGGAGACGCUCGACCUCCGCGCGCCGUAUCGUCUUUCCCGCCAUGUCGUUUUUAGAGAGCGGGAGGACCUCGGUCCCCCUGCGCCGCCGGCUGGGCACUCCUUUCCCAGUCGCUCGGCCGGCGUUUUCCGCGUUCUCUCAGGGGGACGGUUGGGGUGAGGGUCAGGUCGACGAGGAGGAGGGAUGCGACCAAGUGGCCCGCGACCUGCGGGCGGAGUUCUCGGCCGGGGCGUCGUCGGAGCCUAGAAAGGGCUCGCUGCUCCCGCCGGACGGGGAUGGGUCCCCGGUGCUGCCCGAUAAGCGCAAUGGCAUCUUCUCGGCGGUGGCGGGCGGCCGAGCCCAGGCUCGGCGGUGGCCGGUCCAGGUCCUCUCAAUUCUGUGUUCGCUGCUGUUCGCCAUCCUCCUCGCCUUCCUCCUGGCCAUCACCUACCUGAUCGUAAAAGAAUUACAUGCUGAGAAUUUGAAGAAAGAAGCUGGUGUAGACUCUGGGCUAUUAGGAUUCUGGACGCUGCUUAUAAUAUCCCUAACUGCUGGAUUCUCCUGCUGCAGUUUUUCUUGGACAGUGACUUACUUUGAUUCUUUUGAACCAGGGAUGUUUCCUCCUACUCCUCUUUCACCUGCCAGGUUCAAGAAACUUACUGGACAUUCUUUCCACAUGGGCUAUAGCAUGGCAAUUUUGAAUGGCAUUGUAGCUGCUCUUACUGUAGCAUGGUGCCUCCUGUAAACCCACACUGAAGCAAUAUUCUUGGCAAAACUUAGUCAUGAUUGCUUUGUAAUAACAGGGAAGAACAUCAUUGCCUAUGCAGAAGACCAAGAAACCUGUUCUUAUGCUAUUCAGAUACGUGUCCUAUCAUCAUCAUUAUGGAGGAUCUUCUUAAACAUCGUUCUAGAGCCUAGGCAUUGGGAAUAUCUGAGUAUUAAGUUUCAAGUAAUUUCUUAAAAGUGUAAGAUGUUUACCUCACCUUUUUACUUUUGUGUGUGUAGUUUUUUAUAAGUUGUAGAAAACAUUUUAAUGGAACUAAACUCGAAAACUUGAAUACAGGACAAUGCCUACCUUUCCGUCUAUGUACUACAUUUUUGCUAAGAAAUACCGAUAUUACUGUUUAAUUGACAUAGAAAUAUUUCUUAUUUAAUUCACUGUAUUAGGAAAGCAAACAAUGCCUACUACUUUGACGUUUUAUAGAAGCUACUUUCAAAUCAGAACAUUUAGUUUUUGAUAUUCCUAUAAUCAGUAGAAGGUGCAUUUAUAUUUUUUAAUGGGGCCUAGUUCCUUAUGUGUUUUUUUUUUUACAUAUUUUCCUACUACAUAUUGAAUUUGUAUGUUUUAAAAAUUGUUACAUCUAGAGAAAUGUAAAUGUUAUUUUUUAGCUGGUUCAAACCUAAUACUUAUCAUUUUUAAUAAGUAUUUUGUCUUU